CAUUACACAUAAAAUAACUCGUAUUGUUAUUUUUGUAUUUAUUUUUUAUUUGAAAUGGAAGAAAGUGAUAAAAUACUAUUACCACAUCACGAGCAGCAGCCGUUAUGUGUGACUAGACUGCCAUACAGGCAGGGCAGGAAAUUAACUGCUGUUAAGGGAUAUUCAGUAACUAAGGAAUCCAAUCAUCUACUAAUAUUUGGUGUUCCUUCCCUUAAUCUUCGACAAGAAACAAAAAAGUUAUUCAUAAAAUUUGGCAAAUUGUUGCAAUUCAAUAUAACAAAACAACACACUUCCGAACCGUUUACGGAAACAUAUCACGCUCAAUAUGAGAGGACUCAACCUGCAAGAAUGGCCAAGAAAAUGCUAGAUACUAAAAACUUUUAUGGAGGCAUAUUACAUGUUUGUUAUGCACCAGAACUUGAAACGGUUGAUGAAACCCGGCAGAAGCUUAUACAACGACAGCGUGAUGUUGUUUUUAGGCUGAAAAAUCUAGAAAAAUUUCAACAAGAACCUCCGAAGCCACAAUUGUCAAUUUCAAAUGUCGUAAUAAAUAAGCCGAAGAAAUUAAAUAUGGGAGUUAUUAAUACAAUAAGCUUAGGGAAAGAAAUAAAAGAAGAAGUUGUUAAGAAGAAAAAAAAUAAAAAAUUUAAACCUAAUCAUGAAGAAAUUUGCCCUGCAAAUAGUAAAAUAAUAUUAGAAUGUAAACGUACAAAUGCUGGAACAUCCGUUAGCAAUAUUAGUAACACAGAAAAUAUUGAAAUAGUAGACUGUACCAACAUUGAUAAAGAAGUAAUUACAAACAUCAAUGAAACUUUGAAUUACAAUAAGUUUGGUACCGAAGUUAUUAGGAAGAUUCCAGAAAAACCGUUAAAUAAAAUACAGUUUCAUAUAAAUAAAAAGUAAGAGGUUUUUUUACAACUCUGAUGUUUGAGGUUUUAAGGUGCUGGCACUACUGUUCCAAUGUGGUAGGUGCAUAUGCAUGUGGAAGAUUUUCAUCCUUCAUCACCGAACAAAUGAAUGCCUGUCUGUUAUGAUUUUAAGGCCAAACGACUAAACCGAUUUGAAGCAAGCCCCAAGGAAUGUCCUGUCCUGUCCUAUUCCCCCCAACACACGGGGGAAACCUUACUUAAUAAUAAAUAAGAUUAGCAUA